UGACAGGAAUGUAGACUGUGUGUGUGUGUGUGUUUCAGUGUGAGAGGAAGUUUUAGCGUUGGGAGACAAACUCACACAUCGCUGGUUAAAAAACCCCCUAAAGCCCACACUCAUCGUGUUUUAUUCCAGGUCUGAUGGUUGGUAGAAAAAGAGCUCCUGCCUCGAGCAGGCGUGCAGAAUGGUGGCGGCUCAGACAGAGAUGGAGGAUGAUCGGUGUGUUUGAGAUUGACCCAGAACACGAGUUCUACCAACUGACCACCACAAUCAAAGAAGGCAUGCAACAUGUAAUUCAGACCUGUGUGGAUGGAGAGCCUCAGGACACACUGACAGAGGAACAUUUCAACGCAGUGGAAACUCAGACCCACUCAGGGUUUGAAGUCCAGACAUUUGCAGGACCAGUGUUCGCCAAACUGAGGAGUCAGCUGGACAUCACAGCAGAAGAAUACAUGAACUCCCUUUGUCUUAGUGGACACUACCUGCAGUUUAUCAGUAACUCCAAAAGCAAGGCUGAUUUCUUUGUCACGAAUGACAAGAGGUUCUUCCUGAAGACCCAGAGCAGACGCGAAAUUAGGUUUCUUCUGUCCAAUCUGCAGGCCUACACCAAACACCUGGAGAAAUACCCUCACUCACUGAUGGUCAGGUUUUUUGGUGUCCAUAAGAUUGUUAUUCCAAAUCAGUUAGAGAAAUACUUUAUAGUGAUGCAGAGCAUCUUCUAUCCUGAUGAGAGGAUCAACAUCAGAUAUGACGUGAAAGGCUGUGAGGUUGGAAGGUGGACAAAUCCUGACACUAAAGGGAAACAGAUUAUCAAAGUGCUGAAAGACAACAACUUUGAAGGGCAGCACAUCAUUUUAGGUCAGGAGAAACCCUGGUUUGUUGAACAAGUCAAACAGGACGCAACAUUUCUUCGGGAGCUGAAUGUUCUGGACUACAGCCUCCUGUUGGCUUGUCAGCCUCUGCACCAGGAUGAACUUGAGGGAAAACACUCCCUGGCAGAUAUUGUUAUUCGUGCAACAAAGUCUCUGGAGUUGGAUGCCAGUCCUACAGAGUCUCAUCCUCCCACUGUUCCAUUACUAGGCAAGAGUCAAGUGGUCCCAAAUUGUCCAGAAGGUGGAUCAGGAUCUACAGGAGCAUGGGCAGGAGAAGGAGGUGAAGAAAUCCCACUCCAGGAAAUAGAGCUAACGCCAAUGGAAACCAGGAGUGAUUCUGUGCUGCAGGACUUCAAGGAACAUCAUCACAGGCUCCUACCAAACUGCAAAAACUCCAUUCAUGUCAUCGAUGGGCCAGACAAGCGGUACUUUGUGGGGAUUAUAGACAUUUUUACUGUCUAUAACUGGAAGAAAAAAAUAGAAAAUCUGUGGAAAAGCGUCCGAUUCCCAGGCAGAGCCUUCUCUACGGUCAGACCAACUAAAUACUGCAGUAGGUUCUGCCAGUGGAUCCAUGAUCACAGUAAAUGACAAAGGCAUUCAUCCUGAUUAACGUAUAGUUAACAUUAUAGUAUAGUUGGCCACAUUAACCUCGGUCUCCACUAGAUUGUGCUGUUACGCAAUUUUAUGCCCCCUCCCUCCCUCCCUCCUUAAAUGGGAAAUUCCCCUUUUAGAAAAAUAAAUUCUGUUUAAAUACAUGCCCCACACAGUUGGUAAAAGUUAAAAAUCAAAAAAGUGUAAAUCAAACACAGAACCCUGUGGUAAACUGUCCCAGUUCAACAAAUGCCAUUAUCAGUCUUUGUCCUGCAACUCUUUUUGGAAAUUAUUCCAAAAAAAAUAACCAAAGACUUGGUUGACAUUAUAGGAGGAAUAUUUAAAAGAUUGUUAAGCCAUGAAUACAAACACAUACAGUCUGGUUUAUUAGUGAUGGUUCAAUUUAGCUCACACCUGCAGUGUGCAGAUGAUGAUUAAAAAGUUCCAUAAUUCUCAUUAACAACAAAUACUGCAUUCAUUAAAAUGUAAAAAAAAAAGGUUGCACAGAAUGAGUGUUUUGUUUUCUCAUGUUUUUGUCAUGACAGAUCUCAUGGAAGAAAAAUAAAGAAAACCAUAUUAUAUUGUUUUACAGGAGGUAGUUCAUUAUCACUAUCAUCAUCACCAUCAUCAUCAACAUGCAGCAUUACACAGGACAAAGUGUUUGAUUCCAGAAACCCUACUCCAGAAUCCUCCUACAACCAUUCUUGGCACCAAGUUCACAAUACUUCUGGUCUUCACUGUCAUUCGCACUAAGGUUAUAUAGAGCACCACCCUUUCCUAAGGUUUUUAGGUUUUUAAUGGUGGUUUCAUCAAAGGUUUGAGUGGGAGCCACACCUUCAACCGAGGACCCAGAGUGCACCCUUUUUUCCUCCCUCCUGUCCUGGCUCGACUUCCACAACUGGGAUCCAUUCUGCGUGCUUCCUUCGGGUUAUCCAGACAAAUUUGUCAUGAGAAUAUUAGGCACAAUAGGUUU